AUGGCCCCAGCCCUGGACAUAUCAAAGUCGUUCACAGAUGUGGCGAUCGGCCAGCACUCGUGGUUUACCGCAGCUUACGCUGUCACCGUUGGCGUCUUUGUUCUGCCCUUGGCACGUUUGGGAGAAACAUUUGGUCGCAAACCCAUCAUCGUUCUCGGCUGUCUCUGGUUCGCAUUGUGGAGUUUACUUGCUGGCUUCUCUCUCAACGUGCAGGGGGGCGGGAACAAUGGAACCAUUUACUUCUGCAUCUGCCGCGCCAUGCAGGGCAUAGGCCCAGCACUCUGUGUCCCCAACGGCUUCUCUAUCCUUGAGAGAACACUGGCACCAGGCCAGAAGAAGGACACAGCGUUCUCAUUCUUCAGUGCCACCGCGCCGGUAGGCUUUGUAAUUGGCGCGGUCAUGUCGUCGUUGUUCGCCUUCUACACAGUAUGGGAGUGGUCCUUCUUUGUCCUCGCUGCCGUCUGCGUCUCGGCCGCAGGACUGAGCGUUCUUGUGCUCCCGUACCAGGCUCCACGAGAGACAGACUCCGCCAACAGUAUAUGGGUACAACUCGAUGUUUCUGGCACACUCCUCGGUGGCAGUGGUCUCAUACUAUUUAGCUUUGCAUGUAACCAGGCUCCGGCUGUGGAUUGGCAUACCCCAUACACCUACUUCCUCCUCAUCAUAGGCGCCUUGUUUCUUGCCGCAUUCGUCUACAACGAGACAGUAGCCGUGAAUCCGUUGCUUCCCCUGAGCGCCAUGGGAUCGUCAACCAAUCUGAUACUGGGCUGCACAGCAGCGGCUUGGGGUUGUUUCAUCAUUUGGGCAUUCUACACCUUUCAGCUCUCGGAGCUUCUACGAGAUUGGACCCCGCUCCUGACCAGUGCGGGCUUCGUCCCCGUCGCCGUCGAGUCCCUCGCUGUGGCACUGCUGCUCGCAUAUCUCGUGCCCGGAGCUGAGGUGUACUGGGCGUUCCUUGUGUCCAUUUUGUCCUUUCCGCUGGCGUCCAUCUUAAUGGCUACGACACCGCCUGAGCAGACAUAUUGGGCCAACACGUUUGUGAGCAGUCUGCUCGCGCCUCUGGGCAUGGUCAUGACGGGUCCCCUUGCGACGAUUUUAUUGCAGGAGAAUCUACCAGAGAAUUAUCAUGAGACCGCAAGCAGCUUGGUCCUAGCGGUAUCGAAUUGUGCCAUGUCGCUUUCUAUGGGGCUGGCAAGGACAGUCGAGGUCCAGGUGAAGCAAGGUGAUUCGAACGUCUUGUCUGGGCUUAGGGGAGCGCAAUACUUUGGCAUAGGUCUCGGGGCCUAG